AUGGCUGCCCGCAAAUGGACCUGUGGUAAAGCACCCAGGAAACGACUGGCGACAAAAGCCGCUAGCAAGAGUGCGCCCUCUACUGGAGGGGUGAAGAAACCUCGUCGCUGCAGGCCUGGUACAGCGGCACUACGCAAAAGCAGACGUUAUCAGUUCACUGAACUUCUCAUUCACGAACUUCCUUUCCAGGGUCCGGUGCGAGAAAUUGCUCAGGACUUCAAAACAGACCUGCGCUUCCAGAGCGCAGCUAUUGGUGCUUUGCAGGAAGCAAGUGAGGCCUAUCUGGUUGGCGUUUUUGAAGACACCAAUCUGUGUGCUAUUCAUGCCAAACGUGAAACAAUCAUGCCAAAAGACAUCCAGCUACCAUGCUGCAUACGUAGAGAACGUGCUUAA